AACCCUAUUUUGAUGGAGCAUUCAGUUGAUAUUAAUGGUCAUGAUUAUAUCAUAAAUAUUACUAGAGGUGAUUCUUAUGCCACUUUCAUCUCUGAUGAUUUAACCUAUAAUGGCUCGAAUGAAUUACAUAGUGAAGUCAGGGCAUCAAGAGACGUCGAAGGUUCUGUCUCUCGAUCACAUUCACCAAUCACUGCCUCUAGUUUUAGAAAUGCUUCUCUUACUGGAAGACGAGACAGUCAUGGCCGUCGUCAAAGAAGUCUGCUCAACUCUGGUUUGUGGAUCUCAAUUGAGCUGAUUGUCAACGUGUGCCAAAUUUUGGCAGCUAUCAUUGUUAUAUCCUUGUCACAGAAUGAGCAUCCACGCGUACCAUUAUUUGCUUGGGUUAUUGGUUAUGCAUUUGGUUGUGCUGCUACACUUCCACAUCUUUAUUGGCGCUAUAGCAACUUCAAUAGUCAAGGAUUUGACCAAACAUCAUCACAAUCACAGCCGUCUUCAUUCCAGAAUAUAUAUUCUGAAUCUCCUUCAAACACUGUAGUUUCUCUUACACAGAAUACGGAAGGAAGAGGAACCCCUGGUACUGCUGCAUUCUCAAGGUUGGAUCAAUAUUUUAUAGGUUCUACUUCAUGGCUGAAUCCUUUGGUUGAUCGUUUUAAAAUGGCAUUGAAUUGUUUCUUUGCCAUUUGGUUUGUUCUCGGUAAUGUAUGGAUUUUUGGUGGACACUCCUCUGCUGCAGGUGCGCCAAACUUGUACAGGUUAUGUAUAGCUUUUCUGGCAUUCAGUUGCAUUGGGUAUGCCAUGCCAUUUAUCCUGUGCGCAACAAUUUGCUGCUGUUUCCCUUGUAUAAUUUCUUUCUUGGGCUUUAGAGGGGACCUAAGACAUACCAGAGGAGCUACAUUAGCAUCUAUUAAGGCAUUUCGUUCUUACAAAUUCAUUUCAAAAAGAAAUCUUAAUCAAGAAUUAAGUCAAAUCAUCUCUAAAUCGCAUGAUGGUGGGAUAUUGGCUGUUGGUACAGACAAGGAGCGGUUAAUUUCUUUUGAUGAUGCUGUCUGCUGCAUCUGCUUGGCUAGAUAUGUGGAGAAUGAUGAUCUCCGUGAGCUUCCAUGCCAGCAUUUCUUCCACACCAUGUGCGUAGACAAGUGGCUCAAGAUUAACGCAUUGUGCCCCCUCUGCAAGCAUGCUGUUGGUGAUGCAGCUGGUCUUCCAUCAAUUUUAGGCUCCAUCUUUCAAAACAGUAAUCAGAUGGUUGGGGACAGUGCAGAUGCUGAACAAAAUGCAUUUUAGAUUUUCAUUUGACUGUCCAUCUGCUCACACCUCACAUCUCACACUAAAGAAAUAAAAUAAAUAAAAAGAAUAACUAAUGCUUGCUUAUGGAUCAUCAUGUGCCAUGAAUGCAUGUGCAUGUUGUCUCUGGAUAUUAAUUAAUGCGCCUCUAUUUGCAUUGAACAUGAAUGCAUGCAUUGGUAGAUCAAUAUUGAUGUAUUGAUCCAAUGGUAUGCAUGACCCUUUAUGGAUUUCAGUUGCCCAUUUGUUUAAUUUAAUUUGUGAUGAAAGCACAAGUUAUGAUUGAAGUUUUUUCUUGAAGAUUGUUUUUGGUUUUACUUGAACAAGCAUUGUUUCAGUGGCAUGCAGAAUCGGGCAAGAAGUUUGUUUUGAUUUUUUGUUUCCGUUUUGUUGGUAUAUGUAUUUAAAUUUGUGAAGCAUGUGAGACAGAACUAUCCUUAA